AAUUUCUUGAUAAUGUUCCAUUAUUUUAGUUGACGUAAAGUUCACUGCAUAAUGCAGACGUAACUAUGAUAGAAUAUCUGUUCCUUUGCACUUGAUUUCAAACUUCUCUUUCGAUAAAUUAGAUAGUGUACAAUGUCGAUUUAGGUACAUUUUCAUCUUCUAGGACACGAUGUACAGAUCUGUCUUAGUAAAAAUCAUGAAUGAGACGAAUGUUGUUAUUGACACUACGACAAGAAGAAGAAAACCAUAGACCAGUCCAUGCUAUUGUGCUGCAAGCAUUUCAUAUCUGAAUUACGAAACCUCGCUGUUCUCGACGCCAUUGAAAGUGCUGCCAGGCUCCCGAAGUCCGUCAUCAUUAACAAGUUUGAGGACCGAGCAUACAAUAGGGUCUGGUACACUAUAGUGUCAUAUGUUAUGCAUGAUAGCACAGGAAGUGCCGUGUAUAGCCCCUUGCAGCAAACUGUCAUGAAAAUGGCUGAAGCGGCAUUUGGAGCCAUCAACCUUGAGCAGCACUCCGGGGCUCACCCUCGGUUGGGGGUUGUCGACGACAUUGUCUUCCACCCGUUUGCUCGGGCAUCAUUGGAUGAAGCUGCUUGGCUUGCUAAGGCAGUGGCAGUGGACAUUGGCAAUAUAUUCCAAGAACCAGUUCGUAUGCUGCAGCACACCUUACAGGCAAGGCACUAGACACAAUCGGGCGUGAGCUAGGCUACUACAAACCCAAUUUCAUGGGGAGCCAAUGGGCAGGAUGGCCCAUGCCAGACGUUCUCCAAGAAAAGCCCACUGAAGGCCCAACAAACGUAUCCCCGGCAAGAGGGAAUCUCAAUGAUCAGGGGACGUCCGUGGGUUACCUUGUACAACAUUCCCGUCUUGUCCACGGAUGUUGCGGCCACUCAACUGGUUGCACGGAUGGUGAACGCCUGAGGGGGCGGACUUCCAACCGUGCAAACACCAGGCCUUGUGCAUGGU